AUGAAGUGGUUUGUAGUUACUCUAUUUGCACUGGUAGCGGUUUCGUCCGCAAGGCACAUAAGCCUCGAAGAUGUCAUUGAAUUUGAAGAAAACAGUGGGUAUGGGUACCUCAACAGAGUUGGUUUACCAUUAGCUGAAAAAAUUCGUGUAGCUGAGGAGGAGGGUCAAGAUGCCAGUAGAAUUGUCGGAGGCUCAUUUGCUGCUGCAGGGCAGUUUCCUUAUCAGGCUGGUCUUCUCCUUCAUUUACCAAACAGUACGCCUUUCGGUGGUGGUGUUUUGAUAUCGAACAGAAGAGUCCUAACAGCUGCUCACAAUUUUAAUGACGCUGUAGUUUCCGUAACAAGCGUAACUGUUGUUCUUGGAUCUACCACUAUCUUCAGCGGUGGUACCAGAAUAACCACAAACAGUUACGUUUUACAUGGAAGUUAUAACCCUGCUACUGUUAGGAAUGACAUCGCUAUGGUCAACCUUCCCUCUGCUGUAGGGUUUUCAAAUACUAUUGCUGCCAUUGCUUUACCUUCUGGCUCUCAACUCAACGAAAACUUUGUUGGUAGCACUGCAGUUGCCUCUGGCUUUGGAAAAACUGCCGACAUUGGAGGUGUGGUCGCCAACCAGCGCUUGAGCUUUGUAAAUUUACCAGUGAUCUCAGACUCUGACUGCUCAAGAGUUUACGGAAACUACCAUUCUACUAACAUUUGCACUAGUGGUGCUGGUGGUAGAAACAUCUGCACUGGAGACUCAGGUGGCCCCCUGGCAGUCACUAGAAAUAACCGACCCGUUUUGAUUGGUAUCACUUCGUUCGGACACUGGCGUGGUUGCCAAGUAGGUGAGCCAUCUGCAUACGCGAGAGUCACUUCUUUCAUGAGCUGGAUCCAGAGCCGACUUUAA